AAAAAUGUGUGAAGACACAGUCUCAAGGAUGCAGUUUUUCAGAGGAAACACUGAAUGCAUAUGAGCUGGCAUGUUAUACCUGGAUCUGAUUCUGCUUGGGAAUUUAAACCAAAACUGUCCUUAAACUCCAAGUGUCCUCAGCCUCAAAGAAAUAUUUCUACCUUAUGUGAUGAGUUGCUCAGAUUACAUACAUCAAGUGAGACAGAUCUGAUCUUUGAAGAUUAUGUCAGAGGUUCCCAGACUAGUGCACAAUAUGAAAAGGUUUGGCACCUGUCAAAGUUUCUAAUGGAAGAACAGAGUUAGUAGCAGCAAUCAGCUGAAAUGAUGAACACGCCUAUUACACAGAAGUACAAGAUCAUGAUUUUGGAAGGAGCUGGCAGAAUGAGUAUCAAUUCCAGCAGCAAUCUACUCCACCAGCAGCCUUCCUGGACGGAUGGAUAUUCCAUGUGCAAUGUGUCCAGCAGCUUCUAUGGCACUCAGUGGCAUGAAAUACAUCCACAGUACUGGACUAAGUAUCAAGUCUGGGAAUGGCUGCAACAUCUCCUUGAUACCAACCAACUGGAUGCCAACUGCAUACCUUUUCAAGAGUUUGAUAUCAACGGGGAACACCUGUGCAGCAUGAGCCUGCAGGAAUUCACUCAGGCAGCUGGGACAGCAGGGCAAUUGCUUUACAGCAACCUCCAGCACCUGAAAUGGAACGGCCAGUGUGGAAGUGACAUGUACCAAUCUCAUAAUGUCAUUGUGAAGACAGAGCAAACAGAUCCCUCGUUAAUGGUGUCUUGGAAAGAAGAGAAUUACCUGUAUGACAGUGGCUAUGGUAGCACAGUAGAGUUAUUGGACAGUAAAACAUUCUGUCGUACUCAGAUUUCCAUGACGACCUCUAGUCACCAGCCUCCUGAUUCUUCAGAUAUAAAAAAAUCGCAAGAGCAUACCCCCAAGUCCCACACCAAGAAGCACAACCCUCGAGGAACUCAUCUUUGGGAAUUUAUUCGAGAUAUUCUUCUGAAUCCUGAGAAAAAUCCAGGAUUAAUUAAGUGGGAAGACCGAUCAGAAGGUGUCUUCAGAUUUUUAAAAUCCGAGGCUGUGGCUCAGCUCUGGGGAAAGAAGAAAAAUAACAGCAGCAUGACUUACGAGAAGCUCAGCCGGGCUAUGAGAUACUAUUAUAAAAGAGAAAUCCUGGAACGUGUGGAUGGUCGGAGAUUAGUAUAUAAAUUUGGAAAGAAUGCCCGUGGCUGGAGAGAAAAUGAGAAUUAAAAACGUCAAGAAAUAACAUUUGAAACACCUGGAUGUAAAUAUUCAAAGACUAUUUUCUUAUAUUUAUGUACCAAACUAGGGUGAAAAACCAAUUCUACUUCUGUCGGGAAGAAGGAACAUUAUCAUUAUUGGUGUUAAAAUUAUUUUAUUUUAAGUAUGUCCUGUAUGGGGAAAAAAUGUACACAGUUUUCUGUGAUAUAA